AUACCCCACUUCUAAUAGUUUCAUCAUCACUAAAUUCCGCUUUUAUUCUCUCUCCAUAUCUUACUACUGUGCUACUCUCUCAUCUGAAUGCAUAAUAUAUAAAUCUUUUCUCCCUCAUCGAUUUUUACAACACAACUUCUCUCGCUCUCUCUCUCCCUUCCUCUCUACAAUGGCUGAUCACAAAACCAAAGAAGAUAAGCCAUUCUCAUUCCUAACUCAUUCACCAUCAUUUGAUCAAAGGUCAAUUUCUUGUUUAGAGGUUAAUUGGUUAAUAGUAGUAUUUAUGUUUUCUUAUAAUUUAAUUUCUCUGUUUUUGUUUUUUUGCAAACGCAUGCAGCUCCUUAAGCUAUCCUCUAUUUGACUGGGAAGACGAUCUUCUUGCUCUCCACGAAAGCUCUGCCUCUCAAUCUUUUCCUUUGACUACAACUUCUCUGCCAUUACCUGAUCUUGAACCUUUGUCUGAAGGUAUACAACAUAUAGUUUUAGAGUUGUCAGAUACAUAAUUACAUAUAUAUGUAUAUGUAUGUAGAGGUGUCAUGGGUCUUGCUUUGUUCUGUAGAUUUACUCAAUUCAUACAGCUCUGGAUCAUGGAACGAAACAGAGCAUAACAGAGGAUAUGGUGGUGCUUCAUCGGAACACAAGACUAAACAUAGAGCAGUGCAAGAGACGACAAAGAAGAGGAAACUUAACGAGAGACGCAGAGAAAAUAGCGUCAGAAUCAUCAGCGAUAAUACUACUACCUACACGACUUGUCCAGCUUCAAAGGCAUUGUCAAUGGAAACUGUCUCUCGCUACUUCUAUAUGCCUAUAACUCAGGCUGCUAUAGAGCUCAACGUUGGUUUAACUCUUCUGAAAAGAAGAUGUCGUGAAUUGGGUAUUCGGAGAUGGCCUCAUCGCAAACUCAUGAGCCUAAAAACUUUGAUCAGUAACGUCAAGGUAUGUAGAAACAAGACAUUAAACUCAGUAUUAAUUGUUUUUUUGGAUUAGUGAAUUGAAAAUGUUUUUAAUUCUCUGUGAUUAGGAGCUGCAGAAGAUGGAAGGCGAAGAGAAUGCAGGGAAACUGCAGAACGCGUUGAAAAUGCUGGAGAAGGAGAAAAGGACGAUUGAGGAGUUACCAGAUUUGGAGUUUGAGGAAAAGACAAAGAGGCUGAGACAAGCUUGUUUCAAGGCUAACCACAAGAGGAAGAAGAAGAGAAGUCUCAAGUCCGAUCAGGCUCAUAUAGCUUCGUGUUCAAGCAGCGGAUCAGUCGCUAGUGAUGAGUCGGUUAAUGAUGCAGUAAUGGAGGAGAGUGAUGAAGAGGUCAAGUAUCUCUUGUGUGGUUUCUCAAAUGAGUUUAGUAGUGGUUUGUGAUUCUGUUUUU